CCCAUUGGCGGUGGGUACAGCCCCCUCUGCCCCCCAGUAGCCCUCACGGAGGGGGUGGAGGGGGUGCAGCUGCCCCAGCCUGGGAGACUUCACCCCCAGGGCCUCGGAGCUGGGCCUUCCCUCCCCCCCCACAUCUCAGCACAGACCCCAGAGGGGGCCUGAGCCCCGCCACAGAGGGGGCCACCCUCACCAGGGGGUGACCCCUCCCCUGAGCCACGCUGGGCACUGACUCCCCUCAGUUCCCCACGCCCUGUGCUCCAGGCUCCCCCUCGCCCUGCACGGGGCCAUGCUCCGGCUGCGCUUACUGACGUGGGACGUGAAGGACACGCUGCUGCGGCUGCGGCGGCCGGUGGGGGAGAGCUACGCCGCCGAGGCCCGGGCACACGGGGUGCGGGUGCAGCCGGAGAUCCUCACUCGGUCAUUCCGGGAGGCGUACGGAGCCCAGAGCCGGCGCUUCCCCAACUACGGCCAGGGCUGGGGGCUCAGCUCCCAACAGUGGUGGGUUGACGUGGUCAAACAGACCUUCAGGCUCUCGGGGGUACAGGAAGAUGGAGUCCUCACGCUGAUGGCAGAGAACCUCUACCACGACUACUGCAGCGCCGGUAACUGGGAGGUGCUGCCGGGAGCCGACGAGACCCUGAGCCGGUGCUGCCAGCGCGGCUUCCGCAUGGGGGUCAUCUCCAACUUCGACAACCGGCUGGAAAAAAUCCUCUCCCGGUGCAACCUGCGGCACCACUUCGAAUUCGUCCUCACCUCCGAGGCGGCGGGCUUCGCCAAGCCGGACAAGAGGAUCUUCGAGAAGGCCCUGUGUCUCAGCGGGGUCCCCCCGGAGCUGGCGGCUCACGUCGGGGACGACUACACCCGGGAUUACAGGGCGGCCCGAGCCGUGGGCAUGCACGGGUUUCUGCUGCAGGCCACCGGGCAGGGCACGGAGCCGGAGGUGCCCCCCAAGGACAUCCUGCCCACGCUUGGCCACCUCCUGACCCUCAUCGAGAAGGGGUAGCUGCGUUCGGGAGGAGGACCU